AUGGCACCUAUCUCCGACGAGAUUAGUCUGCGAACGAUAUCAAGAGCCAACUCGACCUCUGAACACGGCGACAUCAGCCCUUUGCAUCAGGCACCGACGCCAGACUCUUCAGUUCAACCGCAUGACGAUCUUGAUGCACAAGAGCAAGAUCUGCCUGAAAAUGUGGGAAAUCCCGACGACGAGAGCGAAAUGCAACCUUCUCUCUCCUCGGUGUCAACGUCAUCGAACCCGGCCAGCUUAGGACAGGAAAACAACCGGCGCUUUGAUCCCUUUCGACGCACAACGCACUGGAAAACAACAGGGAUGAUCAUAGGCUUCAAUUUCGGGGGUCUCUGCGGUCUCGAUCCUUCUGACAACAAUCUUCAAGUCCGCCUUGACGGCAAGCAUUGGAACCUCCUUUGCGCAGCAUUUGUGGCUCGUUCUUCGCGGGAACCCAUUGCCAAUCGAUACGAUUGA